CUCACUUCUACUUAUACUCUGUGGUGUGAUUGAGGCAGUUCAGUUUUCUUUGCGUUACAUUUUUAAUUCCAAUCUAAUUAGUUAUUACAUAGAUAUAUACUCAAAAUGUUCUUAAAUUGUAGCGAUCUCCCAUUAAUUUUAAGUGGACAGUUUUUUAAAAUUGUACAGAACGAGGGAGAUCCGGAAGGUACUCAUAUGAAAACGACCGUUGCAAAAUGCAUGUUAUGUCCCAAACAAUCCCUCAUAAGUAGCUCUAAAACAUCAACUGGCAAUUUUCAUAAGCAUUUGCGGAGGAAACAUCCUGAGGUAGCUAAGCAGUAUGAAAACUUAAAAUCCCAAAAAAUAUCUUUGAAACGCAACUCAGUUGAUGAAUGUACUGAUCCUAGCAAAGUAUUUGUGACGCCGUUUCAAAGAUGUAGAAAUUAUGACAAACCUUCAGUUAGUGCUAGUGUGAUCAACGGACUAAUCUGCAACUACAUAAUCGAAGAAAUGCUUCCAGUUUUUACGGUGGAAAAGCAAUCAUUCAAAAAUCUUAUUUCUGGUUUGUCUAGAGGUGCAAAUCCACCGUGUCGUAAAACACUUAAAGAUUUAAUUUACAAGCAAAAAGAGGAGUAUGUAGAAUUUUUGAAAAAUAAACUUCUAACAACUCGUUAUGUGUGCACUACAGCUGACAUUUGGAGCACUAAUAAUAAAAGUUACAUGGGAGUAACUUGCCAUUAUUUGGAUGAACAAUUGAAAAGACAUUCAAUAGUCCUAGCAUGUAAACGAAUGAAAUAUUCUCACACACAUUUGCAAAUUGCUAAAACUCUGUCAAAUGUUCAUGCUGAUUACAACAUUAAAAAAGAACAAAUUGUAGGAACCGUAACCGACAAUGCUGCAAAUUUUGCAAAAUCUUUCCGAGUAUAUUCUGUACCUGAAAUCAAUGAUCCUGACGAAUUAGAUUUUUUAUCUGAUGAAAAUAUUUUGCUCGACGUACAUGAUAUUCCCAACUUUUCAGAAAUUAUGGAAGAUUUCCAUAUUCAAUCUGAAGAUGAUGAUAUAACACUUCCAUAUCAUUAUCGAUGUGCAUCACACACUUUGAGUCUAAUCGCAACUAAAGACUCGGAAAAAGCAUUGCAAGAUAUUUCUUAUAAAAAAAUGUAUCGUACAACAUUUGGCAAACUUACUGCUUUGUGGAAUCUUACUCAUCGUUCUACUUCAGCUUCUGAUGAAAUAGAAACUAUUUGCAAUAUGAAAUUAACAGUGCCUUGUCCCACAAGGUGGAAUUCUCUCUAUGAUAGUAUUAACAGAGUGCUAUUAUUAAAGGAUCACCUAGCAGCAAUUUGCGAGAAACUCCAGAAACCCAAAUUAAAAAACGCUGAAAUGGAUUUUCUAUCUGAAUAUGUUACCGUGAUGAAACCGAUCGCAAAAUCUCUAGAUCUCUUGCAGGGUGAAGACAAUUGCUAUUUAGGCUACGUGCUUCCUACAUUAUUUCAAAUUGAAUAUGCUUUGAAUUCGCUAACCCAUCUAAUUUAUUGUGCUCCGCUCAAAAGUGCCAUUCUUGAUAGUAUACGUACAAGAUAUAAGGACAUUAUGGACCUGAGUAGCAGCAAAUCCAAGCCCUACAUUUUGGCAACGGUUUCACAUCCAAAAUUCAAAUUAAGAUGGCUAACUAACAAAAAUAACAAUGAUGAAUACAAGAUGGUACAAAAUUUAUUUUUUUCCGAAUGUGAAAAGUUGUACCGACAGGAGUUAGGCACAAAUGAGGAUAAGAGCUCUUCAACAAGUAGUGAUGAAGAUUUCUUCAGUAGUAUCCUCAAGAGUUCCAGUCAAAAUAAUGUGAUAGAAAACAACAGCAAUGCACAAAGACAAAAUAUUGUGCAAAUGGAAUGCUUACGCUAUUUGGAAGAUAAAUGCAAAACUGUCGAAUCCCUAUUGAAUUAUAAUCUAAUUCAAAAAAUGUUUAGACAGUAUAAUACUAUUCUUCCGUCCUCGGCACCCGUUGAAAGACUCUUCAGUACAGAUGGUCAAAUUUUAACCCCCAGAAGAAAUCGGCUUUCGGAUAUAAUGUUUGAAACAUUAUUAAUUUUAAAAAAACGUGAUAAACCAUAAUUUCAA